UAAAGGAGAUUUACUUAUGGGUUCGAUGCAGAAGACAAAUCCACGUUUUAAGUAAGCUCUAGUGGUGGCAUUACAUAAAUAAUUACGGAUUUAUCAUUAAAUUGUUUCAGAAUACUCUCUCUCUCCCUCCCCAACUGGAGCCAACCAUCACACCAGAAAUCACCAAUGAAAGAGAAGCUCUGUUAUGUUAUGUUCUGUCCUCUCUCGCCUGUUACAUUACCACAUCAUCCGACCCCCCCUCUCCCUCUCUCUGUGUAUAUAUAUACCCGUUGUUGUAUAAGACAGUGACCCCCAAAGAACUAGGCUGCUUCUGUUGUUCUGUUCUCCAAUGUUGCCAUCAGCAGAGCAACAGGGCAGCCAUAGAGUGUCUGACAGGAACAAGAACAAGAAUCUCAACAGAGUUUCUUCUUCCACUUCUUCACCAUCAUCAUCAACAUCCUCUUCCUCUUUACCCACCAACUCCCAGACCCAGAACAAACAUCCAACCACCAUGGAAGAAGUCUGGAAAGACAUCACCCUUUCUUCCCUUCACCACCACCAAAACCCUCAUGAUCCGAGGCUAGGCAGCCACCAGGCCCACGAUCCAAACUCCAUCUUCCAGGAUUUUCUCAACAGGCCACUGAACCAGGAACCACCCGCGAGUCUGAGCAUGGGUUCCUCAAGCAAUGGGGACACAAGCACUGCCAUUGCUCUGUACGGCUCUCCUCUCCCAGCUCCUGCAACUGUUCUCAGCUUGAAUUCCAGUGCUGCAUUCGAGCUUCUUGAUAACUCAGAUUCUCAUCUGUUGCAGAACCACCCCCAACUCUCCUCAAACGUGUCCUCCUUUACCACCCCUUUCGAGGCUCUUGCCUCAGCGGGUCGGUUCGGUUGUUAUGAGAAGAAAAGAGGCCAAGAUUCUGAUGGAAGUUCAAGUGAUAUACGCCACAAGCGUAUGAUCAAGAACAGAGAAUCUGCGGCUCGUUCCCGGGCCAGGAAACAGGAAUGUCCCUCUCCUCUCUCUCUCACCCCCACUUCUUUUCUAUAUGAUUUGAGAUGGGGAACGAAUGAGGUGUUUUUGCAUCUGAGAAGCUUUUGCAUUUGUGGGUUCCGGGUUUUGUGUUUUUACAGGCUUAUACGAAUGAGUUGGAGCUUGAAAUUGCUCACCUGCAGGCAGAAAAUGCAAGACUCAAGAGAGAACAAUAUCAGCAGAGGAUGGCGGCAGCAUCCCAGCUUCCCAAAAAGAACAAGCUUCAGAGGUCCUCAACAGCUCCAUUUUGAAAAGAAAAAAAAAUCUACCAGUCCCUCACUGUUUUGGUGUCUAAAUGUGUUCCUUAUGGAAAGAAAAAAGGGAAAGUUUGUACCUUUUUUUUAAGAUAUAACUAAGCUAAAACUUGUAGUGAGCUUAAGAAAUGCAGGGGAAAAGAAGAUGUAAAAAUACAUAGAAAAAGAAAGGGUCUUUCCAUUUCCUAAGGCAAACACAC